AUGAGUAAAGACCACAGAACGAAUAUAAGGCGAGAGGUAGCAAAGGCUAUGCUAUCACCUGUACGCGCAAAUACAUACCCACAAAUGCGCAGAAAGGCAUAUACCAAGAGGCAGUCUCUUGACUUGACACCGGACGCCCCCAACCAGACGUCUCCUAACGCAACCUCAUGCCGUUAUGACAGUUCGCUUGGCUUGCUUACCAAAAAAUUUGUCUGCCUACUCAAAGAAUCCAAAGACGGCGAUUUAGAUCUCAACACAGCAGCCACCGCAUUAAAUGUUCAGAAACGAAGGAUUUAUGAUAUAACAAACGUACUCGAAGGUGUCUGUUUAAUCGAAAAGAAUUCAAAGAAUCAUGUCAGGUGGAAAGGCCCACCACAACAAACCGCAAUGGGUUUACGAACAGAUUAUAAAAAGCGAAUCGAAGCACUAAAAAAAGCCAAUGCAGCUCUUGGGUUGCAGAAACGACAACUAGAAAAAACGAGUGAAAUAAUUGAAUCAGAUAUGAAAGCUAUUUUUGAAAACGAGCAGACACGCAGACUAGCCGUGGUGUACCAAUCCGAUAUUGAGAAUGUCACUGCUCCACGAGACGAGCUUGUCAUUGCUGUUAAUACCUGCAACAGAGCCGAAUUACAAAUUCCCGACCCAGUCGAGGUCGACCAACCAAACCAACAAGGAUACAAAGUUCAUGUCUAUCAACCACCAAACGAUACAGUCAACAUAUACAACUUAACAUCAUCCCAUCCGAACGUUACGACUAGCAAUCGGUUAAAAGAGUACGAGUUUGGAUAUGCAAGACAGAAUUCGCGUGAUUUAUUAAGAUUUGACGAUUAUAAUUAUCAGAGACGUGUAACAACAGAGUUUAGAAUGUGUUGA